GGAUUGUUUGCGUAUUGAUGGUUUUAUGAAUUAAUAGACUUUGGGAAAUUAUUACGGAUGGCGAAUAUCAACAUUUUUAGCAUUCUCCUCAUUGGAUAUACUUUGGUCACUCUAACAUAUGGCCAGUUAGAUUUAUAUCGACGUGUUUGUUAUUUUCCUAGUUGGAAGUAUGCUCGUCUCGGUCCGUCUCAGUUUUCACCUGAUAAUAUAACAGACCCAACUCUAUGUACACAUAUUGUUAUAGCAUUCGCUGGUGUUGAUCCACAGACGUACAAUAUUAAACCUUUACAAUAUGAUGACGAUGGUGCCACAGGUUUAUGGAGGAACAUGACCAACAUCAAAUUACGAUUUCCUUUCACCAAAAUCUUACUAGCUGUUGGAGGUUGGGAAUUUGGAGUUCUGCCUUUCUCUAAACUGGUAGAAACUGAUGACGGAAUAGAUAUCUUUGCUAUAAAUGCUGCUAACUUUCUGCGAGAUAGAAACUUUGAUGGACUGGACAUUGAUUGGGAAUAUCCUGGACAGUUUGGUAGUCCGGCUGGUGAUAAAUAUAGAUUUACCUUAUUACUAAAGGUUCUAAGUCAACGUUUUAAACAAGAAUCUGUAGAUAGAGGGUUACCAAGGUUACUGUUAACUGUGGCGGUACCAGUAGAAAAAGAAUUCGUCGAUCAGGGAUUCGAAGUACAAAAAAUAUCCAGACAUGUUGAUUUUAUUAAUUUAAUGACGUAUGAUAUGUAUGGUCCAUGGGGAGAGGUCAUAGGUCAUCAUUCGGCUUUAUAUGGUAAGCCAGGAGACACACCAUAUAUGGCUCCCCGGAAUGUUAACUGGGUUGUAAAUUACUGGAUAAACAAGGGUAUGCCGUAUGAUAAAAUAGUUAUGGGCGUUCCAUUUUAUGGAAGAACAUUUGCUACGAUUAACCAGACGACUCAUGAGCCUGGGGUAUCGUUCAAGUCUGUCGGUAUUGGUGGACCUUAUACCGGAAGCAAUGGACUAAUCGGUGCUUUUGAGUUGUGUCAAGUAUUAAACAGAUGUGUCACAUAUUAA